AUGGAACGUGGAUGUUCAUUUCAUCCAACAGCUGCUAGUUAUUGCAUGCUUGGUAAAUUACGUAUUAAAGCUAAACAAUUUGAUGAAGCACGAAAUGCAUUUGAAAAAUGCAUACAAGCUUGCAUAAAUAGUGUUACAGAUCAAACAACUGAACUUCAUGGUGCUUAUUUAGAUUUAAUUAAAUGUCUUAUACAACUUAAACGUUUUCCACAAGCUAUAGAACGAUUAACUACAUUUAUAAAACCUCGGCAACCAAAUCAAAAUGCUGAAGCUUACUUACAACGUGAUAUUGCAAAAAUAAGAAUAUUUACUAAAUAUACUGCUCAUGAAUUAAUAAAAUUAUCAUAA